AUGUCUGACAGCAAGGUCUUCCUAGGUUGUAUCCCUAACCAUGUGGAUGAGGAAGCGCUGAAGGAGGAGUGCGAAAAGCAGGGCACCAUCAAAGAGUUCUUCUACAUGAUGGACCAGGUGGGCACUGACAGAGGCUGGGCUUUCGUGACCUACGAGGAUGAGACGGAAGCUGCCGUCGCGGUCGCGAUGUUCAACGGACAGCAGAUCUUCGCCGGCAGCGCGCGGCCGCUGCAGUGCAAGUUCGCCAACGAAAAGAUCACCAAGAUCGAGGGUACCGUCUUUGAGGCGCCGACGAAGGCUGUUACGCCCUGGCAGGAGUUCACCACUCCCGAGGGUAAGCCUUACUACUACAACAGCGUCACCAAAGAGACACGCUGGGAGAAACCUGCAGAGCUCGGAGGACAGACUGCCGCUGCUGCAGGAGCACCGGCCCUGCCUGGGGCCGCUGCAGGUAGCAGCACCACUGGGCAGCUGGCUCUCACACAGGCCGCACUGCCGGCAAUGCAAGGAGGCAAUGGUCCGCCAGGAGCGAACAUCUUUGUCUUCCAUGUUCCGAUUAAUUGGACCGACGACGACUUCAACGCCCACUUCUCACCGUUCGGCCAGAUCGUGUCUGCCAAGAUUCACGUGGAUCCAGUUACGAAGGCCUCGAAAGGCUUCGGCUUCUGCUCGUAUUUGUCAACUCAAGCAGCCACGAUGGCCAUUAAAGGUAUGAACGGCUUCGACACCAAGCAGGGCAAGUUCCUGAAAGUCACCAUCAAGAAAGGUGAGGAACAGUACAACCCGGACGCCGUCUCAGCACAGAACGUGCCGGUGCAAACGGGAGCAACAUCCACAACUCCAGCCAUUGUUGGCGUGCAGCCCACUGUCGCGAUGGGUGUGGACUCCUCCACGCUGGCUGCGGCAGCUUCGUCGGGCAAGCUUGUGAAGGCCAGUCCGACGCAACCGCCGGCACCACUGGCACUACCUGGGGCCGGCGAACCCGGACCAGGAAGCUGA